AUGAUUUUGCUUCUUUUUUCGUUUUGUAGAUGCUGGACAGACCAAAUGCUUGCAAUUGCUGGUGAAGUUGGUCUCGAACAAUUUGGUUUCUCCUUGCAAAAGAAACUAAAUUCUGUUUUUCAGAACGCAGGAGACGAUUUCACAAGAGUUUCUCAAGCAGCUGCAUGGUUAUACUACGCAGAGCGUCCUCCAUUCAAUAUUCCAUCAUUCAAUCACUGGCACUUCUACUCUCAGCCAAUAAAUCCAAACAAUUUAUCAAUUGAAACUCAUAUUGACGUUGAUAACUUAAAAGAUAACUUUGAUUCUAUCAGAAAGUCAGUCAGAGGAGGAAAGGUAUCACGAACAUGGCCUUUUGCCUUCUUGAUGAAGCUUUAUUUAACAGGAAUGUGCGAUAUCUACUCACCUCUUCAUGUUUCUGAGCUAUUCAACGAACAAUUUCCAAACGGAGACAGAAAUGGGCGUGAUUUCUAUGUGAAAUACAACGGAAAUUUCAUUUCGUUAUAUGACCUUUGGGAAACAGGCUGCGGCUACUUUGAUAGUCAGGUAGACUUUACAAGUGAAGAUGAUUGGAAAAAGAUCGACAAACUUACAAAUGAACUCUCUUUGGCUUUCACAUCCGAAGAUUGGCCUUCAACUUUGAGUGUUACGCAAGUUAUAGAAGGAAACUACAACUACACGCGAGAUACUGUUUAUAACGGCCUUGUAAACGGUUCUGAAGUUUCCAAAGAGUAUAUAACUACUUGCCAAAACUACGCGCAAGAUAUUGUCAUUCUCGCAGGCAAGAGAAUCGCAACAGACCUUGCAAAUUUGAAUAUCAUUGAAAUCGCAAAACAAAUUCCUUAUGCUAACGCGAUUCGCUCAUCAGAAGUAGCCGCAUGGUCUAUUUUGUUCAUAUUUACACCCUUCGCUGCACUCCUUAUAUGGAAGAAGCAUUUUUCUACUAAGUAA